GCGUGGUUCACUGGCGCGUUAUUCGCCCAGAGUCGGCAAAAUGCGCAAACGAAGAAAUAUGUAGACUCGAUCCUGCUGCCGCGAACUAAGUUUCCAACCUGGUUAAGCGGGAAGAAACGAGUGGAGAUGGAUGAGUACUUGCUCGAGAAAUGCGGCUUCGCGGAGCUUUAUAACUGGCAGAGGGAAAACCUGCCGGGGCCGGACUUUAUCCUCCACGAUGGACCUCCUUAUGCGAAUGGUAACCCCCACAUGGGCCAUGCGAUAAAUAAAAUCCUCAAAGAUAUAACUCUACGGAGCAAAGUGAUGAAGGGCCAGAGGGUGCACUACGUCCCAGGGUGGGAUUGUCACGGAUUACCAAUCGAGUACAAAGCAUUGUCAGGAUCAGGAGCAAAAGCUGCGGAGCUAUCCCCGCUGGAGAUCAGAAGGAGAGCCAGAGAAUUUGCCUUCAAAGCUGUAGCGAAGCAGCGAGAGGUCUUCGCUUCUUGGGGCAUCAUGGCAGACUGGAGUGAGUCUGGCUGCUACUUAACUAAUCGAACGGAGACAGCUCUGGCAGAGGCGGAGCUGGAAUAUAACGAACGCCAUGAAAGUAGGUGUGCGACGGUGCGUCUGUUGCUUGUAGAUCUUCCUUCCGUUUUGAAAGAUCUUGCACCAAAGAACGUCUUUGCUUUGAUCUGGACGACAACACCCUGGACAUUGAUAGCCAAUCAAGCCAUCGCCUAUGCCAAGGAAGCUAUUUAUUGCAUCGUCGAGGACUCCAAAGGAAAUUUGUACAUUGUUAUCGAGGAGUCUUUAAAUAAUAUUAUAGGAAAAAUAGGUCCUCUACAGUUGUUGAGGAAAAUUAAGGGCAAGGAGCUGACCGGUGGCAAGUAUCGACAUCCAGUUUCAGAUGAAGUCCUUCCGCUUCUUCCUGGAAGCCAUGUCAGUAAAUCGGUAGGAACAGGCCUUGUUCACACUGCCCCUGCUCACGGAGUGGAGGACUUCCUUAUUGCUUUGGAAAAUAAAAUACAAGUUCUGUCACUUGUGGAUGAAGGGGGUAAAUACACAGCUGAUGUUGACGAGAAGUUUCGAGGUCUGGAUGUGCUUGGAAAUGCUGGAGAUGUCAUCUUGCAGUACAUCGGAGAGAAUGUCGUGCACACCGAGAAGAUAGUCCAUAGUUAUCCCUAUGAUUGGAGGACGAAGAAACCUGUGAUAUUGAGAGCCAGUCAACAGUGGUUUGUGAAUACCGAGAAAAUCAAGGCCGAAGCUGUGGAAGCUCUGUCAACAGUGCAAAUGUAUCCUCCGAGUAGCAGGUUAAGUUCUGUCAAUACUCUUAGUAAGCAACUGGAGCAGCGACCUUACUGGUGCAUUUCUCGACAGCGAGUUUGGGGAACGCCGAUACCUGUCUUAUAUGCAAAAAGCUCUGGGCAAGUGAUUACGAACAAAGAGUGGGUCGAGAGAUUAUGUAGGCUUACAGAGAAGCAUGGCUCUGACCUCUGGUGGGAAAUGCCUUUUGAGAAGCUUGUUGGUAGGAAACUCCUCGAAGAACUGCGAGUAGAUCUGUCAGAGCUCGAGAGAGGAAACGAUAUAAUGGACAUCUGGUUCGACAGUGGAAUUUCCUGGUCUUCGGUACUACCUGAAGGUAAAGCUGACCUCUAUUUGGAAGGAAUGGACCAGUUCACUGGCUGGUUCCAAUCUUCGCUCCUAACCUCCAUAGCUCUCCAGGGCUGUGCGCCGUACAAAGCUCUCUUCGUUCAUGGUUUCGCUGUCGAUGAGAAGAACCAGAAAAUGUCAAAGUCACUGGGGAAUAUCUUGGAUCCGGUGGAAGUGACUAAAGGUGGUAAAGAUGUCAACAAGAAGCCAGCCUAUGGGACCGAUGUCCUACGCUGGUGGGUCGCCAGCCAUGGUACGCAACAUAGCCAGGUCUCUGCUGAUAGGAAUGUUCUUCAAGACAGCAUGGAUUGUUUAAAAAAAUUAAGACUCAUCGCCCGGUUCCUUCUUGGUACUUCUUAUCCGUACUCCACGGAAGAGCCUACAGAACCUCUGUAUUCAUUACUCGACCAGUACGUUUUGCACAAAUUGUAUUGCUACAGCAAAGAGAUGGAAGACUUCUAUGACGUCUAUCAAUAUCACCACGUAUGCAAGACAGCCCUAAAUUUUGUCACUGAAAUCUCAUCCACUUAUUGUCAUCUCAUUAAAGAUAGAGUUUAUUGCGAUAAGGUUGAUGAUCCUUAUCGUGCAGGGGCUGUGGAGGUUGUUGGGGAAGUGCUUACUGUCCUGGCUCGAUCCAUCGCUCCGAUAGUUCCCAAUCUAGCCGAAGAGAUUUGGCUGCACUUCCCAGAGAACCUAACAUCUGUGCCGUUGUUCCAUAUGAGGUAUCGAGUGCCUGAAACCUGGAAUCAACCCCAUAUUGUGGACAUAGUGAACUGUGCUCUCGACCUGAGAAAGGAAGUGGUCAAAAUCGCCUCUACGAACACUUGGAAUUUUGAUGCAACCGUCACUGUCAAUGCGAAUCGUUUCUCCCUAUUGUCGAAACUACAGAACGAUGAACAGUCCUCCGAGUCUGAACUUUGUGACCUUUUGCAAGUGUCGUCGGUGCUCUUAUUGAAAGACAAUAGCAUUAGUGAAGUUAAAGUGGAUUUAAAGCAGUUAAGUACAUCCCUGUGCGAACGCUGUAGAAGACACCCUGAGCCUGAACCGGACGCUUUGUGUGCUCGCUGUGAACGAGUACUUGCUCAAGCCUGAACAAUAGUGCAUAAGAUGGUUAUUUUUCAUUAGAAUGGUCUCAGCCUCCUCUCGUUGAGAACCAUGAGCCUCCGGAGGAGCUUCUAUCACUGUCAAUUCAACGUCAUCCGUUCCUUUCCGCGAAAGCAGAGA